UCAAAACACCAUCGCGGCCCCGCAAGCGUCCCAUGGCGGAUCGAACAACUUCCACUUCUAUGGACCCAGCGCGCCAACCCCGGCAGCUGGCCGAAAUCCACCCAAACCUCGCAAGCCAUUCUCGACAGUGCCCUUCCCACCUGAUCCCGACUUCGUCGACCGUCCCGAUAUCCUGAAAUGGAUGCAUGACAAAUGUGCCAGACCUGCUGCUCGUAUCGCGCUUGUCGGUCUUGGCGGUAUAGGAAAAUCGCAGCUUGCCAUUCAAUAUGCGCAUCAAGUGUGGCAGCGCUCGCCCAACACAUGGGUCUUCUGGGUGCAUGCUAGCACUCGAGGGCGAUUUGAGGAGGCCUACCAGUCUAUUGCGGACAGACUCGAACUGCCCCGGCGGAACGAUCCCGAUGUUAAUGUCUUUCGGCUGGUACGCGAGUGGCUCCGAGUCGAGGAGAACGGGCCAUGGGAGAUGAUCCUCGAUAACGCUGAUGAUGCCGAUGUCUUCUUCUCGACUGCACAGGAUCGACUUACCUCGUUCUUACCGCAGAGCGGUAACGGAUCUAUCGUCGUUACAUCGCGAAGCAUGGAUGUGGCAGAAAGACUGGUGGGUGGUCAGAGAAACAUUUUUAUCAUACCAGCGAUGAAAACCGAGGAAGCAUGCCAACUGCUGCGGGAAAAAGUCCAAGUUGGUUAUGACGCCGGAGCCGCGGCUGACUUAGUACGUGUUCUCAACUAUAUGCCUCUUGCGAUUACACAGGCCGCCGCCUUCAUCAACCGCCGGGCACCGCGAACGUCAAUACCCGCAUACCUAGAUGAGUUCCGGAGGAGCGACAAGAAGAAGGCAAGCCUCCUCAACAAAGAUGCAGGCGACCUCCGUCGAGAUGAGUCCGCCUCCAAUUCAGUCGUCAUUACAUGGCAGAUUACCUUCGAGCAGAUCCGUCGCGAGCGGCCAUCAGCUGCCGACCUGCUCUCCUUCAUGAGCUUCUUUAAUCCCCAAGGAAUCCCCAAGUUUGUGCUUCAAGCCUAUGCAUGCGACCAUGGGGAAGACAACGAGGAUGACCUUGACGAGGACCUUGAGACCCUUCGCGGAUACUCAUUGGUGGCGGUAACAGCCGAUAGAGAAAUAUUCGAGAUGCAUGCCUUAGUGCAAUUUUGCACUCGGGUGUGGCUAUCGUCAUUUGGCGAUAUGCAGCAGUGGGAGCGGGAGUUUCUGAAGGUGAUGUCAGACCAGUAUCCAUUUGGGGAGUAUGACAACUGGGCGGAAUGUCAGAGGUUGGAUCCCCACAUUGAAGCGAUUGUGAAAGAAGAGCCAGGUGAUAGCAAAGACGUUUUGAAGUGGGCUAGGCUGCUUACCAAUGCAGGAUUGUAUCGGUGGAUGAAGGGGAGGUAUGAGGAGGCCGAGGAGAUGGACCGACGAGCUCUUGGGACGAGGGAGAGGGUUCUCGGCAGAGAGCAUCCACACACGCUUGCGAGCGUCAGCAAUCUCGCGUCGGUGCUGCGACGUCAGGGAAAGUACGAGGAGGCAGAGCAGAUGAAUCGACGAGCUCUCGAGUGGUAUGAGAAGGUUCUUGGCAGAGAGCAUCCAUACACACUCGCAAGCGUCCACAAUUUUGCGUUAGUGCUGCGAUAUCAAGGAAAGUACGAAGAGGCGGAGCAGGUGAACUGGCGAGCUCUAAAGGCGAGGGAGAAGGUGCUUGGCAGAGAGCAUCCAGACACGCUCGCGAGCGUCUACAAUCUUGCGUCAGUGCUGCAAAACCAGGGAAAGUACGAAGAGGCGGAGCAGAUGCAUCGACAAGUUUUCGAGUGGUAUGAGAAGGUUCUUGGCAGAGAGCAUCCACACACGCUUGCGAGCGUCAGCAAUCUCGCGUCGGUGCUGCGACGUCAGGGAAAGUACGAGGAGGCAGAGCAGAUGAAUCGACGAGCUCUCGAGUGGUAUGAGAAGGUUCUUGGCAGAGAGCAUCCAUACACACUCGCAAGCGUCCACAAUUUUGCGUUAGUGCUGCGAUAUCAAGGAAAGUACGAAGAGGCGGAGCAGGUGAACUGGCGAGCUCUAAAGGCGAGGGAGAAGGUGCUUGGCAGAGAGCAUCCAGACACGCUCGCGAGCGUCUACAAUCUCGCAUACCUCUUCCAUAGACAGGCCUGCUUCUCACAGGCGGCUAAGCUCUAUGAGAAGGCUUGUAGCGGUUAUGUUCAAAUUCUUGGAUCUGAUCACCCUACUACGAGAGCCUGUGUGGCACAUUACUGUUCUUUGAGGGAAGACAUGGCGAAUGACCAUGGACAUUUAUAUAGAGCAGAGUGACUGCUUCAGCAGUGCCAUUUGUCACUAGAAGCUGCUCAAACUUUAUUAUUUCUUCUAGUGCUUAGCAUAGGAUUAUGGUGGAGAGCGGAGCACGACGAUGACUACUCGCAAUACGGUUAUGGAGGAGAGCAAGCCGUCUGUUUGAACAGUGUAUUUUUCCUCCAUUGCAAUUCAUCUUAUUACACUCGUAUUUCGCAAAUUGAUUGUGCUAAAUUGCAUCUUUGCCCUAACAAUAGGUCCUUUAAAUGCGCGAUGAAAAAUCAACAAACUCCUGAGAUCAGUGUGGCUAACAAACCGACCGA